CAGAGAAGGCGUUUCCGUCGUGGCAGUCGCUGCGUCGCCUGCCUGUUCGAUCAGCCUGCUCGUUCCUCCUCCUCUCUCCCCCUCCUCCUUCACCCCUCCUCUUCCUCUUAUUCCUCACCGCAUCUCCUCCACCACCACCACCUGCUACAGCAGCGACGCAGCGAUGGAGAGCUGCUGCAUACCGUAAAAAAAACCUACCGGAAGACCACAUCUGCGGGAGAAACAGAGAGACACGCGUAGAAAGCGAGAAAGAAAGAAGGAAACAGAGAGAAAGAAAGACAGAAGGGACGGUGAGUGAGAGACGGAAACAUAUGUUCUGUCUGAGGAGCGACUGUUUUUAAGGACGUCUGAACCUGACUACUCAAACUUAUUCAACCACCGUGAGACACUAGAAGGUAGAUUUGACCCGUCAUUUUCCUACUCUGGACACUUUUUGCCUCGUCCUCUCUCACCUGUGUGUCACGGGGCUCCCACCUCUCUUUAAUUAGUUUGUGCUGACGGGAUUGCGGCUGUUGUACCUCCCUGCGCGCGUGCACACCUCUCUCACACGCGCGCGGUUAUCAUCACAAGACGCGGCGCAGCCUCCAAAAGCGUCUUGCUCUGAGAAAAUUUAAUUAGACAAGUUAUUCCCACAGAAGGGCAGGACACAAGCGGCUGGCUCCGGGCUUCCUUUCAUUUUCCCGGCACAAGUUCCCCAGUCCAGGCCCGACAAGAGUCUACUGAGAUCCCGUAGUCGUCCUUCCACCUCUACCUCUCGGUGAGUAGCCAUGUCUGAUCACGCCGUGACCAUCCCAGACGACCGGGCAUUCGCCAGCUUCAAGUCGGAGUGUAUAUGCGAGGAGGGCUGGACUUUAAAGUACAACAGGGACGGCAUGACUGUGUGGACACAGCGUCUGGAGGAAGGGAAGUCCGUCCACAGAUUUAAGGUAAGAAGACACUCAAGUUCUCGGAAAGUAUACCAAAGUUCUCUAAACUUUAUGUUUUGUUCAAUCUUCAUAGAAUUAGAAGAAACGACAGAGCUUUACUGUUUGCAGCUCAAAGGGGACCAGAGAACUACUGCUAUAUAAUCCAGUUGGCUAAUUCCCAUAUGAUUGAAACUGCUGACAUGCCUUAACCACUGCUUUGUGCUGCAUGGUAGUCUGCAGUUAGGGCUGGGCGAUAAAACUAUAUAUAUCCAAAAUUAAUUUCCCUCAAUAUGGUCAAUAUGCUUUUCGAUAGUCAUGUUUCAGCAGACUAUACAAAUAGCCGAUUAAAAGGGGAGUUGCUCCGGGUCCGCACCGCACUAAACCAAUCAUGUGCUGAAUUAGAAUCAGGUAGCGAACACCUGCGUUGUAGCAGGCAGCAGCUACAUGCAACCAUAGUACUUUGACACGUGAAGCUGACAGCACUGUUGGUGAGAAAACAAGAAAAUGAGUGCUACCCCCCGGGAGAAAUGCAGAUGAAGGCUGAACAGAUGAUGACAUCGAUGGUAAUACUGGCACGAAAACGUCGGUGGUGUGGAAGUAUUUUGUUUGUUUGAGGUUGGACAUAAAGUAGAGUAAUGUACACUGCAAAUUAUGUCGAGUACAUGUUCUUGCAAGGUCAGGGAACACCAAAAAUUUUUCACUAAAGCUUACAAACCCCAAGCGGAGCAAGGAGUCCAUGGCGCCUGUGCAGUUGAAACAGCCGACCAUUCAGUCUGCUUUCUCUAGCGCAACGCUUUACGACAAAAACGUCAAAGAGACACAAAGACCUCACAGAUGCAGUAGCUUGUUGUAUUCCAAAAGACAUGCCACCAAUAAGCACUGUUAAAUUACAUUUUUUAUACCAUGAUAUAUAUUGAUAUUGACUGAUGUGAAAAAAAUAUAUCGUGAUAAAUUUUUUCCCAUAUCGCCCAGCCCUAUCUGCAGUCAUCUUAAUAUAGCAUACUGAAUGUUAGCACACACCUAAAUGGACUUUAAAUGUGAUGGCAGCAUGAAAGGCCUGGAUUUGAAAGUUAUCCAGUGAAUGCAUCCUGUGAUCAAUUCAACCAUCUUUUUUUUUAUAUAUAAAUAAGUAACAUAAACAAAUGAAGUGUUUAGAGUAAACAUGUGCCUCCUGCACAAUGAAGAAGAGAGAAGUGAAAGCAACAGUGACAGGCUGGGGGUAGUUCAACAAAGCUUUUUUGUCUGUCACUGAAACUAUUUUCAACUCUCAAUCCAAAAGUAUAUUAGGUGGUGUUGGGUAUAUCAGUUCCUGUAGUUGGUUAGGUACGUAACAGAAACUGAAAAAAAAGAAAACCACAGAAGUUGACAGAACUGAAGUCAACUGGCACAAAAUGUGAUGUGAUAUCGGUUAUGAAAUAUGCGUAUUAUAUAGUGUUUUCAGUUUCUCAGCUAUUACAGUUUUCUGUUUUCUUUAAUGACAUAGAGGUAUUGAUAUAUUUGUGUUGUUCUCAAAUACACUUUUCUUCAGUUAGGGGCACACGCAAAUGGGCCAAGAUACAAUCAGAUACCAGACUGAACUUUUGUGUAAGGCUGAACUUUGGUUCAAUAUUUUGCACAAAUGUUUCAGUUAAUUCUGCCGGUUUUAGCCCUUGCAAAUAAUGUACACAGAAGGAGUUCUGAGCCAAAACAACAUGAGUAUAAAGCUAAAACCAGAACUUCACUCAGCUUCAAUACACAUGCUAUGUGGUCUUCAACUGGUUUAACGUGAAAUGGCUGUUAUCAUUAUCGCUCUUACAUUUCACUCUCUGCAAGCACUGUAGUGAUCGUCAUACAAAAAAUAACCCACUCUCAGAACCAAUCAGCAAUCGCUUGAUGACAGUUUAUCACCUAUAACAACUGACUUUUGGGGGCUUCCAGUGUAGCAAGUGGUUGGAGAUAAAGAACAUCCUGUCAGAAUUUUGCUUCUGCUGCCUAUCCUUAACAUUUCAGCAACCCAAAGUGAGAAUGGAGUUGUCAUUGAGAGAUGUCUCCUGAGAUUAGAGUGUUACUUGUAUUUGCAUGCUGAUGUCUUCUUUGUGGAGAACCUAGAGAUAAACAUCUCCACUUCUGUUUUUCUGAAUCCUCUUUGCGAUCAUGUACUGUCAUAGAAGAGCAAAUGAUGACAGCUGACAGGAUUGGAGAGAGGGACGGUGGAGAAGGUGGCAGAGAGGAAAAAAGCUGUAUAAAAGGGAGAGAAUUAUAAAGAUUGGCUUGAGUUUAAUGGUCAAGAGGUGUUUGGGCACUCCAUAUGGGCAGUCGGCCAAUAGGUUCUUGUAUUUCACUAUCGCUGAUCUACUUCCUUUUUUCGCUCUCCAUUCUGAUUGUUUUCUUGUACGCACCUCAAGCAGUCUGUAAUAGACAAAAAAAAGUACCUAAAUGUCUGCUUUGUCAUUCAUCUUGAUCUCAUAAGCAGUUUUUAGAGUUUAGAAACAAGCCAAAGUAAAGACUUCCUCAUCAGUCUUGAAUAGAGGUUUUCAGUUGUAGUUAUGACCAGUCCACAGAGGAAGCACAGCACAACCUUCUAUGUUAGCUGCUGUGUAUGACAGAAUAUGUGUAUAAAAUGUAGGAUUUUAUGCAGCGUAAUAGAUUAUGGUAUCAUAUUUUAAGAUAAUUGUGAUACAGGUAUCUGUACUGGAGAUGAAGGAAGUAAGAAGGAGGUUGUUGAUGGUUAUUCAUCGCCAUUUGUUAGUUUUAUAAAUAUUUAAAUAGUUGACCAGCCCUAUGACUUCAGUCUCUUAUGCUUUCAUGUCACAACAUAAGCUGUAGAUCCUGAUCUUUGUUUAUAUAAUGAGAUAAUUCGAUCAGCAGGUCAAAGUGUACUUAAUGAGUAAGUUCUCUAUCUAUUCAGAAGUCUUGUCUCAGAUGUGAAUGUUUGUCUUGCGAGUGGAUGUGGAGGCGUCAUUAAAACUACAGAGUCACUUAAGCCGUGGAAAAACUGCUGUGCACCACCUGACAUGUUUGACAGUAGUCAUUAAUAAUACUCUGUUAGUAUCUGAAGACCCAGAGGAUAGACGGAUUUACACUCUGCCUACGCAGCACAUUAUUUGGAAAACAUUGUUAUCCCUUGAAUAUGUUAUUGCACCAGUGAUUUAAAGCUGUGCAUUUAGAUGCAAAGUAAGAUGCUAACUACAACUUCCCCUUUUUUUGACCCUAACCCUACCUAUUUGAGAGAACAUCAUAAAGAGAAUCAGUUAUUCCAGGAAAAGUGAAUGCUUGGAGCUUAGAAAUCAUGGAUGGAGCUCCUGGUUUUGAAUGAUUAAUACUUGCUGAGAAUAGUCAUAUACCGUGGACUUACAUUAAUACUUGAACAUACUGUGGAAAAAAUGAAAUAUACUGUGACCUAUUUUAGAAUUGGCCUCUGGGUUGAUUUACCAUCUUCCAGGUACUGAUUGUCCUUAAACAGGAUGAGUUGAACCAAGAAAAAGAAAAGAUCACCUGGAUAGGUUUCACUGGCUUCAUAGUGUAGGCCUGGCAGCAAACAAAACAGUGAAAAUUAAAGAAAAACCCUAUAAAGAAGUCAGCUAAAGCAUUAGUUUUUAUGUUUUCACCAAGGAUUUAAAAACAUUCAAGCUCGCAAAAUGUUGCAAUUAAAAGUCAGUCUGUCGAUUGAUCCCCAGACAAGAGGUACGGAUAAGGUGCAGUUGGUAUUUUUGUUGUUAUCUUAAGUCUUCAUGUUCCCUCUAAACCUGAAUGACAGGUUAUUCGGUGCUUUACUGGCUUUAAAACUCUUGAUGUGAUGCCACUUUCACUUUAAAAGAGAUUUCGCCUCACAGCUGACAGUUAGCACAGGGUUCUUUGGAUGCAUCCAGCCCUUACACUGCUUACUGAUGUGACCUGACAUAGAAAUCUAAUUACUGUCACUGUCUAUGGGAAACUAUUUCAUCUCGUAUAUAGAGAUAGAAACUGAACAAACUCUCCUCUGUGUGAAUGUGUAUGUGUGUGUGUGUCCUGUUGGUGUAUCCGGGUCUGGAAGCAAGCCACUGUGUGUUUACUUUGUUUAAUAAUGUGGUGUGUAUAUAUGGGUGUGUAUCUGUGUGUGUAGAGGGCCUUAACAGCAGAGGGCUUUUCCCAGCUACUUCUAUCCUGUUCCCCCUAUCAAUUUACCUGUGACAGAGGUUCUUUGUGUGAGUGUGCGAGUGUGUAUAUGUGUGUGUGCGUGUAGUGUACUGUAGAAAAUUGGCCUAUCAGGAUUUCAUAAACGGGCCCCAUGUGAUUCCAGUCUUAUGUGAGCUAAAGGAGAGGUGUAUCAUGUCUACAUCAGCAGGGCAAAUGUGUGUGUGCACAGAGGAUAAGGUUCUGCUUAUUCAUGCUUUUUUCAUGCAGGGCAGGUGUGUUUCCUCACAGCAGCUCUGCAAACACAGAGAAGUGGAAAGUAACACGCACAUGUUUGGAGUUUGGGUGGGGUUUCUCUCUACUACUGGCAGUUUAUCUUUAUGUAAAUAGGACAGUUACAGGAGCUGGACUUUGGCAUUACUCUCCAUCAUUUGGUUGAAUUUGCAUAAAACAAUCUGACACUCUUGUAAUCCAAGAUAGAAGUUUUAAUUCAUUUUAAAAAGGCUUUUAACUUUAAAUUGUACAUUGACACGGCUGUGCGUAUAUAUCACGGAAAUAAAUAUGUACGGUGAGGGCAGAGCAUUAACUGAUGUCACAGAUACAGCUGCUCUAUUUAUAGCCGGUAUAAAAGCAUGCAUCUUUGCUGAUGCAUGUGGAAUGAUUAAUACGAGCGUUGAGACUUAACGCCUUCCUUCUCUCUCUGUAUUGAAUUUUUUAUUUUGCUACAGCCUAAAUAUCCGUGAAGAGAAAGAGUGAUAAAUCCAAAUCAAAGAGAUUGAAAGAAAUAGAGAGAACAGAUGGGCAACCAUCACUGUCAUUAGCAGUGUAAUUAUCAGCAGGCUCAUUAUCAUUGUAAUCAUUCCCCCAUGCCAUAUCAGCAAUAAUGACUUCCAUAUCACAGUGAAAUCACGGCUGUAAUCACUCACACUGGCCUUCAUUAUCAUUAUCCUCACCAUUAUCCUCAUAUUAUUAUCAUUAUUUGCCAGCUCAGAGUUGAAUGUGUGUCGGUCUAUGUAUAGAUGGUUUUAUAAUGGAGGCUUUUGGGUUUACCUCUACCCUUGCUGACACACAGGGAAGCCCAACUCUGAAUCACACACUCGCCCACUCCUCUUUUUUCCCCCCACCUAAUUGUCUUGUGCAACCCAGGUGUGCAAAUAGUAAGUAAAUAGUAAGAAAGUGAGAAGUGGCAAGGAUAGAAGAAAGAGUGUGAGACGGGGCAUAAGGUAGAGAAAUAGGGUAGUGGGUGGAGGGAUGCAGACAUUGCAGAGGUAAGAGAUCACUGGGUUUUCUGUGUGGGAAGUGGACACAACAGCAGCAGCAGCAUCAGAGAGAAAAAACCCUCACAAGCACACGCCUAUUGUUUGUCGGCCUUUCUACCUCCAUCCCUCGUUUUACCCUUCUAGACUCUCAGAGGCCGCUCUCCAUCCCCAUGCUUCAUUAUGUUGACUUUACUGAAUUAGUGUGUAAUAGAAUUAUGCACAUGUGUACUUACAGGCUGUACAUCUUUAUCAUACUUGGUGUCUCUAGCUCCCUGCUGUUCUCUUUAUAGGCUAUUCCGUCCUUCUUCUGCUUCUGUUUCAGUUUGCUCUGUGGCUACAACACAUCUAUUGUUCUUUUUUUUUUCUCCCUGACCUACGUGUCCUCUAUCAGACUGUGUAGCAACCACACACACACACAUGUACACACACUGCUUAUUCUUGUCUUCUGUAGAUAUAACACAUUCAUCAUCAACAGUUGGUUUCUUCCUAGAACAGGUAAAGUGUUCGGUAGGGCAAAGAUGACUAAUCUGUUUUAGCUCUGAGUGAGCAUGUUCUUGUUUCAGUCUUUAUGCCCUGGUUUCUUACUUAUAUUGAAGUUGUCAUUGUGGCAGAAUUGUUGUGUUAGAUUUCACUAUAUUUCCCAAGUAGGCUUGGAAAAGUUGUAGACUUUUAGAUGAUUUUUUGCCAUAUCGUUGCAGAUAAGUCAAUCUAAACAGACAUAAGUAUAAACUGCUAACGUUUUUGUAAUUGCUGCUCAAAGUACUGAGUCAAUUUCAACUGCUGCUAGGGUCGACACCAAUCAGUCGUAAAAAAUAAUGACCACCUGCCUGAUACAGUGAAUCAGCCCCGACUUCCAGUGAGGUCCACACAGAUGCUUGAUUGGAUUGAGAUUUGGAGAAUUUGGAGGCCAAAACCACCACAUGAUUCAUAGAUGACAAUGGCGGGCGCUCUCAGUGAUGGACAGGUGUCAGCAUGGGCGUCCAGAUCAGUCUGCGGCCAUGCCCUCAUCCACAACAAACUGUCAUGCACACCUUUUCACCGGGUAUGGUGUUGACUUUUUCAACAAAUCCAGCUCUGGUGGCUCCUAUCCUCACACGCAUUUUAGCAUUGGCCACCCUUAGUCUUGUGGCUCCUUCAAACUACUUUUGGCAGUACUGACCACGGCAGACCAGGAACACCCCAUCACAACUGUAGUUUUGAAGAUGUUGUGACCUUCUGCCAUCACAGUUUGACCUUAGUCAAAGUCACUCAGUAUGUUUACAUGGCACUUGAGAAAACUGAAUUAUUGCCUUACUCCGAUUAAGACCAGACAACUGAAGUGCAUGUAAGCACCUUAGUCCGACUGUAAUCAGAGUUUGAGAAAUACAAUUGGAGUCGGAGAACUCCUAUUAAGACACCCAGAUGAUGCGAUUGGAACUCGAUCCUCUCUACCACGUAACCAGCAUGGUCGGAGUAUGAUUGGAUAAUGCAUGUGCACAUGCGCCACGCCCCUGUAACCCCAGAACACAAACACCAGAGAAGAAGUGGCACCAACAUUUAAAAAACUUUUGACCCAGAACGUAGUGUCUCACAUCCUUACACCACCCACUAACAGGUGCCAUUGUGAUAAGACAACCAACGUCAUUUCUGAUAGCUGAUUGGUGUAAACUUUCUGUAACACCUAGAAUUAUCUUCACAUUACCAUUUUUAUCAAAUACAAAUACAUUGCAGUUAUAAGCUGCAUUAAAAAUAUGAUCCCUGUGAGAUUGUGUCUGAGCAAGUCUUUUUCGAAAUAAAUGCAGCAGUGAAAUAGCAACAAGUGGGUGCACAGUAACUCACAUUAAUGCUGUAUAUCAAACAGCUUUGUUGUGUGAGCUUGUGUGCUAGCUAGUCUUUGAAUCUUUCAUAUGGAAAUAAAUGUAGUCUUCCUGACUGUUAAUAACAGAUUUUGCUCAUCUAUCCAGAUCCGCUGCUGUUAACAAGUUAUAUUACAAGAGCAUAUGUUUUACACACAAGCUUUUUCACUAGCUGUAAUGAUUAUACACUAAAAAGAGGUCUCUCCUUCAAACAGCUGUACAGACAAAUGUAAAGUGAAGAUGGUGAUCGUUUUCUUAAAUUAGGCCCUCGGGGAACGAGCGAGAGAAGACGGAGCAGAUUGAGCUCUAAACCCCUCUGGACUGAUUUGUAAUGGGAGCUAAAAUCAUCUGGGACAGACAACCACCCUCGGCCCAUUUCUGUCUCAUUCAUUCUUCUCUUGUUCUGUUUUUUUCUUCUUAGUCACUGUUUGCUUCUCACUUACUCUUAAUGUUUCUUUGUGCCACUCAUCCUCCUUCUUUUUCAUUAUCUGCCUUCCUCUUCAUGUGGCUUUCUCUUCUGUCUCCUUGUUGUUAUUAUUAAGACUAAUCCCCUCGAGCAAUUGUAACUGUAGUAACAGCUUUUCUCAGGGGCCGCCUGCAGAGCUGUCUUUACACUGGCUCUAGGCACGGUGUUGUCUACUUCAAACCUGACAUAGUAAGGACUCUCAGUGACAGUAAACAGUACACACUCACACACACACACAAACAGUCAACAAGUGUGCAUUUAUUAAGAUUAAUUUCUACUUGGAUCUUUAGUUAGAAAUAGAAAUUCUACGAUUUUUGCGUCAUAAUUUGUGCUGUCCUUUUCCAUCAGGUAAUAUGUAAUCUGUGCUAAAUAAACAAAUACAAAAAAAUAUCUAUAUGUUAUGGUUUGAUGAAUGUAGCUUUCAACAUGAAGUUGAAUUCCUUCUUUUGUCUGAACAUUGAGGGACAUGCAUGGUCUCUUACAAUCUAGCACUGAGCUCCCCCACUACUUUAUCACUCUUACAGCCUAUUUCACGGACUGUAAAUGUGUGCAUGCAUGUCUCCCCGUAAACGGAGCUGGUUUUGUUGUUUCCCAUUUAACAGCUCAGUUCUCGUAAUGAAUCACCGAUGGUGAGGUCUGUCUCUUGCUACUCUUGUAAUAUUGUCUUCUCUUUCUGUCUCACUAUCACACAGACACUCUGUGCUUUCAGCUCUCUGACACUUCCUGACCGUCAGAUGUCUAUUCGUUCAUGUGAAUUUUGCUGUAUCUGUCUGCAUAUAUGUUUCUUUCAAAUGAAUCCCUCAACUCUAGGAUUUAUACACCCAUGCACAGUAGAGGUUAUUUAUUGUAAAUGCCUAAUUUACAAUAGGCUGGGACGAUAUGCUUUUCUCCCGAUUCAAUUCUUCUACGAUUUAUUUUGGAUGCCGAUUUGAUUUAAAUUGCAAUUCUACAAUAUUGUCAAUUUUCUUGAUUUUUAAGGUCCUUACGCACCGGGCUAACGCGAAAAUAGAACGUGAAAUUACGAAAUAUUCAGAAGUGAAUUUUGACGCGCCAGACUAUACACAUCAAGCCUGAUGCGAUUUUGCGACUUUCCAGGGGGAAACGACGCAUCCCAUGGUGUUGUGUGGUGGUGGUCGGAGAGGCCGUAGGCGCAGAAUGGCAGCCACGUUUCCACCACCACCAAAGUGUGACUGUGUGAGCGAAUGAAUGAUGUAUCCAAUGUAAAGCACUUUGAGGGUCUCUGAUAAAGCGCUAUAUGAAAUCUGAUGCAUUAUUAUUAUUAUUAUUAAGAAUUUUGCCGUGGAAAGUCCCGCCUCCUUCGCUUCUGAUUGGCUAGAAAAGCUGGAAACGUCAUCACAGGCUCAAGCCAAAUGGUCAGCACUUAUGGCAAAUCAGAGGCAAUAAGAUAAUCACAUGAAACUAUGGUAACAACUGUUAGCUUACGUUAGCACAGAUGAGAGUUAAAACAAAGACGUUUAGCAAACUGUUAAAGCACAGAAACCAUCGUCAUAUGAGAAAUCUGACACUAUGACUCUCCACAAGUUGUCCUUCAGGUCAUUAUCUUUGUAAUGUUUGUGUCUUUUAUCAAAAAGCACUCUGUUCUCCAACAUGUAAAUAAUCAGCCGGUCGGCCAUGUUGGAUAUACCGGUGAAUCGGACGUCGCAACAACAUGAAAUCUGAUUGGUCAGAAGUGGACACACAGUAUGCGAAACUUCAGAAAAUUCGUCCGUGAUGCAAAAAAAAAAAAAAGGUGCAAAUCGCAGGAUGGGAAAAUGUUGCUGAUGUGAACUCUUGUAUUGACAGGAUACGGGUUCGUAAAAAAAUAUUGACGUCCAAAAUAAUCGCACGACAAAAACAGUCCCGGUGUGAAAGAACCUUAUGUCUGCAUUUUUAACACCAGUGAAACAGUUGAAUGAUUAUGAUUGUCUACUGACUGUUCCAGGAACCAUAUUUCCCCUCAAAAUACACAUGUAAGUGAGUUUUUAAGAUUUAUUCUUAAAUUAGGAAAAAAAAAUAGAUUUUUGAACAUUAAAAUUGAUUUAAAAAGCGUAAAACAAAAAAUCGCGAUACUUAUGUGGAUCGAUUUUUUUUCUUCCACUCCUAUUAAUUACUAAGUCUGGUAUCUUUACACCUAAGUUGUGUUUUCAGGUAGUUGCCCAAGAAAUAAACUCAGUUUUUUUGUCUCUCUCUCUCUCUUAGUGUCGAAUGGUGUGCAAGGAGGUGUCAGCUGAGACCAUGUACGACGUUCUCCAUGACAUUGAAUACAGAAAGAAAUGGGACUCGAACGUCAUUGAGACCUUUGACAUCGGGAAACUUACGGUCAAUGCCGAUGUUGGGUACUACUCAUGUAUGUAAUAUACACACGCACGUGUUGACAUAUGAUGUUUACAAAAGCGUUCAUUUGUCACAAAUAUGAUUUGGGACCAUGGGAUGAAGCAGAGACACAUGUAAAGCGUACAUUUGCCCCACAGUGGUUAGUUCAACAGAUCUGUCUCUUUAUUUACAGGGAAAUGUCCAGGACCUCUUCGGAACCGCGAUGUCAUCACGCUUCGCUCCUGGCUGCCGAUAGGGAAAGAUUACAUCAUCAUGAACUACUCUGUUAAACAUCAUGUGAGUGUCCUCGCACACACACACAUACAGGACUUACACAUGCUCUGCUGGGAGCCUGCUCAGUCACCCCUCUAUAACUCUGCCAAAUGUGUUCAAAGCUACAUUGUGAAAGAAAUGAGUGCACAUUGGGUGAGCUGUCACAAACGUUGAUCCAGUUUAACAGGCUUAAGGGCGUUGUAUGAAAAGAAAUCCUUAAAUAUUUGUGCAGAGCUCUGCUUGCAUCUGCAUUAGUCAUUUAGAUAUCUUGUCGUCUCUCACUGAACCAUUAUGUCCAGGAAGCGAAGUGUGUCUGGCACCUUUCCAAUAAGAGUGAGAGAGCUCUUCUUGAAGCUUUUACCUGUGGGAAUGAUAGAUAUACUGAGUGCUGGAACUACUUCAAUUCAAGUGUGGGACAGUUAAUCUGAUUCACUUGACUACAUUGUGUUUCCAGUCAUGCUUUUUAAAGAACUUGAGUGAUCUGAAUGCCUAAGGCCAGUAAAACAAAUAGCCUGAUUAGAGAACUCGAGACUGUGUGAGUGACUUUGUGUUUGGAAUUAGUCCCAAAUCCUCAGCCUUAAGUUGGGCUCAUUUCUGUUUCUCGUCCAGCUGGAGGAAGAGGUUGAAAACAGUUGUGUGUACAAGUUUAUAAUGAUCACCUCUCUCUUUGGCAGCAAAAACCAAUUAUAUCUAUUAAUAAUGUCCUGCCAAUUUUUUCUUGAUUUUUCUUAAUGCUUCGAGCUACUUCACAUGUCCUACUUACUGUUUUGAACCAAAUGAUGCAAGAAACAAGUAACUGGAGCCACUUGUUUUAACUGUUUUGUUGCAGCACAAGGUUUUAUUUGAAAAACUGCAGAUCUGAAUAGUCCUCUAAAAAUGUUUGUGUCCAGUUUACUUCCUCCUUCUCUCAUUUCUGUCCAUGCCUCUUAUCUUUUUCUCCAUCUUCUUUCUUGUCUUUCUUGCCCCUCUAUUCUCCCUCUGUCACUCACUACGCUAAUGUUUACACAUGGAUAAGACCUCUCAUGUGACUUUUAGCUAUCGACUUCCGCGUCCCCUUCCGCAUUCCUGCAUCAAUUAAUGGUUAAGAACAUAAUAGAGAGUAUGUGAAUGUGUGUGUUCCACGUGUGCAUGACUGUGAGUGUGUGAUCAGGCAGGAUCACUGUUCAUAAUAAGUGCUAUUGCAGCCUCGUAGCUGAAGGCUGAGUUCAAUUAUGUCGUCAGGGUUCAGUCUAUUUAUCCUGUAUUUACCUCUACAUUCAAGCACACUAUUUCAGUGAGAGUUUAUUUUUGUUUCGAGAAAAAAUGCCCUCUAUUAGUAUCUGAUUUCCUGGAAACUUGCUUGUGCAUUACUAAGUAAAGCUAUUCUUGCACAGCAGAGAACAGCAGUGCGAUAUGUUUCUAAACAGACGAUGGUACAAAACAUUUGAGUCAAAUGCCGGGGAAUAAUAACAGCAGAUUCUGAAGUUUCUGUCUUUUCUGCUUCUCAAGCAGACUGCUGCUGUGUGUGCUGCUUAAAUGUGCCGCAGCGUUCCUGUCCCAAUUAGCAGAGGCUAACCGGCACUGCGCUAUCAUCAUGAAUAAUUUUCCUUAGAUAUCUAGUCAAAGGAGCCAACAGUGGAAUAGUAGGCUGGAGCUGGCCUUUACUAGGAGACUGGAUUUGCAUCAGGGAGAUGACUGAAGCAGAGAAUCCAGAUUGGGCUGCUGCAGGAAACACCCUGAUGCCAACUCUGCACAAGUUCUGUUGACCUGAAGUCAGCCUUUUGUCGCCAUGGUUUUGAUAUGAAUCUGGGUUAGGAUGAUGUUGAUUCAGGUUUGUGUGUUUUGUGUUUUCCGUCAUCACAGAAAUACCCUCCUAAAAAAGAUUUGGUGAGAGCUGUGUCCAUUCAGACAGGCUACUUGAUCCAGUGCCAGGGACCCAAAAGCUGCGCUCUCACUUACCUGGCCCAAGUAGAUCCACGAGGUAACUACACACACACACACACACACACACACACACACACACACACACACACACACACACACACACAUACAAAAAUACUACAGAAACAAAAACAACACUGAGACACAGAGGUACAAACUCAAGCAUGCACACUCUGCUUAACCCAUGCUCAAAGUUCUUAUGAAUGAUUCAUCUCCCUUCCCUUUAUGUCCGAUGUGUUGCCAUAGGAACCAUAUAAAGGACAGUUUAUUUCACUCUAUGCCUCUCUCUCUCUAUCAGUCUGUCUCUUUUUGUCUUACUCUAUCUGUGUCUUUCUCCCCUUCCUGUCACACCUCUCUUUCGCAGAUCAUAUUUUUUUUUCCUCGUUUCUCCUCAACCCAGCGCUCCCUCGACUCUCUCUUACAUUUAACGUCUGUUUCUCUAAAUCUCUCUUAUGCUGUUUGUGUGCUCAUUUUAUAUGUGAGUGAAUGAAAAUCAAUACGGUUACAGUGAAUAGUUUGGUAUCAAGUUUCACUUUUAUCUUUUACUCUACGACAUAUGAUAAGAAAACUUUAAGACCUCCUUUGUCUUCUCCAACUGUCUUCUCCUUCUUUCAAACUAACUUUGUCUUUUAUUCACAGGUUCAUUACCCAAGUGGGUUGUCAACAAGUCCACCCAGCUCCUUGCUCCUCAUGUAAGUUUUUGCAGAUGAAGACUAUCGAUUGAGGUUUCCAGAGCACAGUUGUUGUCAAGAUGAGGAAUCCACAGCUUACUGACAUACAAUGUCAUUUAUUUUUCAAAACACUGCUCACUGUAUUUUCCUGUUUUAAGAGUAUGAGCAUGUUUGAUUAAAUGGGACGUGAACUCUCUGGAGAGGCUGAAGAAUUCCCUUGGUGUAAGUCAUAAAAAUAGGAGCCCAGAGAAGCACAAAUCCCACUGAAAAUAAACAUGCUGACAACUAUAGCAAGAUAAAUACUUGUACAAGGGGGAAAUUUCUGUCUGGAUUUUAUAUAUUUUUUUAUCUUGCUGCUUUAACAAUUCAAACUAAUUACAAAGAUGAAAGUAAAUAUCACCAUUUGAUGAACAGAUCAGACCACAGAUGUGUGUAAGAAGGAUUUAUAACCAUGAAAAUGUUGAUCUAAUUAUUAUAUUUUUGGCUUUGGCACUUGCCCAAAGAUGCAGAAGCACUCAAUGAAUGUGACCAUGAACAGGGUAUGCUGUCUGUUUUAAAUGUCCUUUUGUAGGCCUUGAAGAAGAUCAACAAAGCCUGUUUGAAGUACUCAACCUGGAAGCAGGGACACAACCCUGGCUUCAAGCCCUGGCUCUACCCCGAACAGACUACGUUACCCAGUAUUCCACUCACCGAGCUAAGCAUCCAGCGUGCCGAAAGCCUGGAGAAUAUUGAUGAGAGCUCCCUGGCUGACACCGCGGACAGAGAAGAGGACAGCGACUAACACAUCCCCACGCACACUCGCACACAGUCAUGCAUUCAUUUACAAACACACAAUAAAGCAGGGUUACACGCAUGCCUGAUUCACAUUCAUAUUUACUCUUACGUAUAUGUGAUUCUAUAUGUAAAUGUGUGUUUUAUUUAGAAUUGAUGCACACACAUUCUUGUAACAUACUCUCUAUGUUGUUGCAUAUACGGUCACAUAUACUAUUUAUGUGUCUUGACAUCCAUGUACACUGACAAACCCAUACUUAACCGACCCAUCUCAUACCUGCAUACAUAAUGUAUGAUCACACCACACAUAAACAGGAAACAUAGAUGCUCUCACAUGUUCGCAACCACUUACAAGAGGCAGCAAAACCAUAUAUUUGUACAAACUAAUUAUUAGUGUAAUCAAGAAAGGGGCUAUAACUGAGAUUUUUCAUGCCGGUUACAUGGGUAUCGACAUUUUCAGUUGGACCUAUGCAGAUUAUUGUGGCAGAAUAUAUUUUCAUUAUAGGUUACAGUCAAAAUGUUUACAAACUUGCCGAACAGUGCACAAGUUACUAUCAUUCAAAAUAGAAACAAUGGAUCUCAGAAUUAUACUCAUUUAUUUCUACCAUAUAUCUAAAAUUGAUUUGAAUUGACUUCUAUACAUUACACUUUCAGUUUUACACACUUUACCAUGUUGUCUUUCUGUCACCCAGUACGUCAUUGUGUCUCCAUCACAUCAUCGUGUAAGCACACUUUAAAAAUGCAGGUGUGCAGAAGGCAGCUGGAACCCACAACCCAACCUGCAAACACCUCAAACAUACAAACACACACAAACAAACUGAUUUUACACUCACACGUACUGUCUGCUCCUCUUUUUGAGAGAUGUAUGAAUGUAUGUAGAGUUUAAAAAUUAAAUACAGAUUCCUACAAAGGUUUUCAAAUUACA